ACCACAGCCAGGGCGCAAAGAGCAAGCGGGUUGAAACCGGAGUAGCCUGAACUGCUUGCACAAGGAAGUUCGUUGCAAAAAUGAAGUUGGCUGAUAUUAUCCUCACGUGAAGACAAGACGGAAUAUGGAGAGAGAGAGUGACAACAGAGAAUGGCAAAAUGACAAUGACGUUAUCAGAGUAAAUGAGCGUAGUGACUCUAACAGAGAUGGUAGUGCAUGUUUUAAAGCGCAUGCGCCGUCCCGGCCGCUAGAACAGCAGGUAGUUCUAUAUAUUUAGAAUUAAAGAUUCAAAGUUUUUUAAGUUAUUCAUGGUGCAUUGCAUACUAAGUGCAUAGCAAAACGCACGGUAGAAUAUACUAUAAAAAAGGGUGUGUAGACAAGCUUGUCCCAGGAGUGUGAAGUGCGUGUGGUGUGUGUCAGAGCCAGGUGCAAGAAAACGCAGUUUGUUUUGACGGGGAGUUAUGGAAUAUGAGGAGCCCGAAUCACCAGACCCCGUCACUACUGACGAACCAAUCAAAAGAGGAGACACUGUGUCCAAGAAGACUCAUUUGACUCAGAUUGAGGUAAUUCCCUGUAAGAUCUGUGGGGAUAAAUCAUCAGGAGUUCACUAUGGAGUCAUCACCUGCGAGGGUUGCAAGGGUUUUUUCCGGCGUAGCCAGCUGCCGUCCGUGUCCUACUCCUGUUCCAGACAGAGUAACUGUCCUAUAGACAGAGCCAGCCGCAACCGCUGCCAGAGCUGCCGAUUGCAGAAAUGUGUGACCCAGGGCAUGAGCCGGGAUGCGGUGAAGUUUGGUCGGAUGUCAAAACGUCAGCGGGACUCUCUGCAUGCCGAGGUGGAGAGACAUCGUCAGCAGCAGCAGCAGCAUCUCCAGGCAGAGGCCCAGCCAGCCCUGCCCUACCCAAGCAAGGCACGCCGUAACCGGUCACCCCACAUGCUCCAGCCCCCGGCUUCGGCCUACUCCUUCCCUGGAGAGCCAGAGCUGCCACCCUGCCCGACAGAUGUGCUCCCCUACCUGGUGUGCUCCCCUGGCGAGUCCCAGGCCCCAGGUCUGGCCUACCAGGGCUCCUGUGUGUCUCCUGGCAGUGGGCACUCAGACGAAAGAGGGUUCGACUCCCGUCAGCCGUCUCCUGACCAGACGAUAGGGAUGGGAAUUAGAUCCUAUGACCCAAACGACCCCUAUUGCCCCUCCCUGCUACACAUAGAAGAGCUGUGUGGCAGUAUCGUGCGCUCCCAUAGGGACACCAGUCAGUUCAGACUGGAGGAACUGCAGGCUCUGAGAUGGAAGUUGUUCAGCAGAGAGGAGAUCCAUGCCUACCAGAGCAAGUCAGUAGAUGAGAUGUGGCAGCACUGUGCCAUGAGGCUGACUGAAGCAGUACAGUACGUGGUGGAGUUUGCCAAACGCAUCCCAGGGUUCCGUGGGCUCGGCCAAAACGACCAGAUCACCCUGCUGAAGACUGGUUCGAUGGAGGUAGUUCUGGUCAGAAUGAGUAGGUGUUUUAACACAGAGAACAGCACCGUCUUCUUCGAUGGGAAGUUUGCCAGCACUGAACUUUUCAAGUCUCUGGGCUGUGGCGAUCUGAUGGUGGCGGUGUUUGACUUUGCUCACAGUAUGUGUGCCCUGAGACUGACUGAGCAGCAGAUGGCUCUCUUCAGCUCACUGGUGCUCAUUAACCCAGAUCGCCCCUGUCUUGAGGAUAGUGGCAGAGCACAUAGAAUGAGGAGAGACUUGGAGGUAUGCCUCAAACAGAUGCUACACAGAGACAACCAGGAGAGCCUUCUGCACAAGCUCUACCAGAAGGUGCCAGUGUUGCGGUCUCUGUGCAGUCUGCAUGUGGAGAAGCUGCACUGGUUCAGCCAGCGCUACCCGCUCACCGUCCACUCUGUCUUUCCUCCUCUAUACAAGGAGCUGUUCACCUCCGACCUGCCUUCUGUGGACUCCCUCUGAACUCUCUCUGAACUGCACCGUACAUGUUGACAGAUAAUUAGACAAAGAAACAUGCACACAGUAGUAGACAGCCACACACACACAAACACACACAGACACUCAGAGACACAGACACACAGACACUCAGAGACACAGUCACACACACACAGAGACAGACACACACACACACACAGACACACAAAAACACACACACGUGUACGCAUUGAUAACAUAAGAUGUAAUUACUUUGAAUUCUUCACUUGUUGAAUAAAUAUAUUUUUGUAAUUUCUGAGAGCAACGAAAUGAUCUCAGUAGGCUAUUAGUGUUUAGAAAUUGAAGCUAUUUUCAUGCAAAAAAAUGUUUUAUAGAUAAGGAUGGUGUACAAACGUUCUGGUAUUUCAAGGUAUUUCACUAUGAUUACUUGAAAAUGUUUUCAGAUUAUUUCCAAAUUGUACGCAUUGUUUUUCCUUUUUGAGAGUGUUAUCUGAGUGUAUUUCGUCCUUGAGAUUAUAAAUGUUAUUUUGACUCCGGGUGGCUGUUGGGACUUUAUCCAGACCAGAUGCUAGCUGGUAUAAAUUACCAUAUUUAGAGGAUCACUAUGAACUCUUAUGUGUGUUUUCUGAGUUGUUUUUAAUUGUGUGACUUUACAGAGUUGGUUAACCCAUCAGACUGAGUAACUGAGCUAUAGCCCAUGGGCCCCACUGUUCAGGACACAAACACACAGUCAAGUAUAUAGCUAGUUUUCUCAAUGAACUGUGUGUGGAUCGAAUAUGACCAACUCUGCUAUCUGUCUCUAUCGUAAUGAGCUUUAAAAGAGGCUGUGUGUUUACAUUAAAAACAGAGUCAGAAAUGUAAAUAUGAAUAAUCUGGGCAAUAUUGCUGUAGGCCUAUGUAGGCAUUUGAAUGACUAACCUUGGGCAUGACUGUUAUUGUAAACGUGUCAGAUUUCACAAACAGUACCUGUGUGCUGCUUUAACAUGCUAGUUUAUGUCUCCUGAGUGUUACCAUGGUGAUUUCCAUGGAAAAGGCUUCUAAUAAACUGCUGAUAUGAUUAAAAAAGUGA